AUGGCAGAAAGGGCUGCAGAGCCUGCCGACGAGGCCUCGCCCUUCCUGGAGAUCCUGUCCAACGACAACAUGCGCCCUCCGGCGGGGUCCUUGCUCUUGCAAGUUAUGCUCGUGGUCGCCCUGAUCCGCAACGAGUCGCAGUGCGCAGUACGUUGCCCAUUGCUGGUCCGCAGUGCACGUUUGGGCUCAGACACGCGUGCCAUCUCCUCAGAAGGUGCUCACCGGCCGCGACUGGAAGCGAUGAUGCAGGCAAGCUUUGUGCAGGCAAACGGCGCGGCGAUGGUGCCUAUGAUAGGAACGGUGUGCAGCCCAAUGCCGGCCGUGCUGAUGUGCCCACAACCUGCACUGCAACCUGCAGUUGCUUUCGUUGUGAACGUGCAGGGAGGGCAGCCGAUGGCAUUUGCUCCGAACGCUGUGCCAAUCAUGGCACAGCCGAUGCAGCCGAUGCAGCCGGUGCAGCCGGUGCAGCCGGCGCAGCUGGUCCAACCAACGCCAGUGCAAGCGCCAUGCAAGGUGAACACGGAGCCGUCGAGUCCCUCCACGCCGAGCUGCUUGAGUCGAACGACGACCGCAUCAUCUCUCGAGUCUUCAUCAACGUCUUCCUUUGGACUGUCUGAAAGAUCCAUGACCCCUGUCGAGCUAUUCUCUCCGACGCCCGAAGGAGCGCGGUGCUCCAUCCGAGGCCGCGUGUGGCAGCUCUGCCAACAGCAGAACGGUUGCCGGCGUGUGCAGGAAGCCAUCGACGCAUGCAGCUCUGAUCAGGACAGAAAUUCCUUGGCAUUCGAGAUGGUGGGACAUGUGUGGGAAGCGGCCCGCUGCCCGUUCGGGAACUACGUGCUUCAGAAGUUUAUCACCGUGCUUCGGCCACCUGACUGUCAGUUCAUUGUUGAUGAGAUCUCUUCGCGAGGCAAGCGAGCCGCCUCGCAGUUGGCUCGCCACAGGUACGGAUGUCGCAUCAUGCAACGCCUCCUGGAGCACGUGCGACAGGAGCAGGCAAGCAGCAUGGUGGAGGGCUUGUUGGGGGAGGCGCUGCAGCUGGCCAGGCACCAGUAUGGCAACUUCGUGAUGCAGUGUGUUCUCAGCCAUGGCACACUCGCGCAGCAGCGCUCGCUCUGCUUGCUUCUCAAGCCACAGGCUUGUGAGUUGGCCAUGGACCAGAAUGCCAGUGCUGUGCUGGCAAAGGCACUGUGCCAUGUGUCUCCCGAGGACAAGGUAUGCUUGGCAAAUGGACUGUUAUCUCAGCCCGGGCUGCUCCUCGCCAUGUCCAAAAUUCGGCAUGGCCAUCAGACCACCCUGGCUUUGCUUCGCAUCUUGGAGGGAGACAUGCUCGAAUCGGCCGUGAAGGCCAUCAGGGAGAACUUUGCAUCGUUGUCGCGCUUCCGCUAUGGGCGGGUCGUGCUGAGAGGCAUCCCAGCAUUGAACGUGAUGUGCUCUGACCUGCCUAGUGAAGAAGCCCCAGACUGCUGA